AUGUUGGAAUGUAUGAAAGACGAUACGGACUAUAAUCUGGUGCAAGAUGUGUACGUGGCGACAGCCGGGUAUAAUCUUGCCAAGUCGUUGGGAAUAAGCGAAGGAGACGAAGUGCUGUAUGGAGUUUUCGUCGCUGAUCAAGUGUCAUCUUUCCAACGGAAUUUUCCCACUCGUCGCUCAGCGGUUUGUGUGUAUCCAAUCCAAAAACAUAUCGAAAAGAAGUUUGAGGAGAACAUAAUGGAUUGCUAUAAAGGACUGUACACAAAGCAGUUGCCAUGGUUUAAAUCGACGGCUAAAUGCAAGACAACACAUUUAUCAUGGAAAGAUGUGGAAUGCGGUCAAGAUGUAAACACGAAUAUCGGUAAUUAA